CAAGCGUUUGCAAUCCGCAGUGGCACCGGUAGUCGUGCUGUGGAGUCGACUGAUAGCCUCGCCAGCACAGUACACGGGCUCGAAUCCCGCUGUGGGCCAGUUCAGGCGGGAUCGAAACUGCAGCCUAGUCCAGUCCAGUCCAGCCGAAAUGAGAACAGACAAACAAAACGGGAUAUUGGUACUGUUUUGGUGGACAUGAUCAGGGCUGGUAUCCUUUUUUUGGCGCUCAGCCAAUCAGGCGGUUGCACCAAAAGAGAUGCUGGCGUGUGCCUCUUUGUGAAACAGGACGGAAUGACGCCAACGGCAACCGUGCCAGAGGCGGAAACAGCUUACGGCCGUUUAACAUCACACCCUGACCCAAGAAAUGCUUACAAAAAGACCGAUGAAUAG